AUGAAGGAAUUUGAAGAAAUAGAAAGAAGUCGCUAAUUUAUGCGAGACGGCGUCUUUAUUUUCAGAUGAAAUUGUCUAACUUGUUGUAAGAAUUAGAAAAUAAUACGUGUUGGCCUUGAGAUACAAACAAAGAUUCCAAAAAAAAGAGUUCAAUAUGGGGGACCAGCAAUUUUUCCUAAAAUGGAACGACUUCCAGACGAAUAUGGUUACAUCUUUUCGACAUUUGAGGGAUGAAAAAAGUUUUACAGACGUUACACUAGCAUGUGAAGGUCAGACGUGUAAGGCACAUAAAAUGGUACUAUCAGCAUGUAGUCCAUACUUUAAAAGCUUAUUAGAGGAGAAUCCAUCAAAACAUCCCAUAAUUAUCUUAAAAGAUGUAUCAUACUUGCACUUACAAGCGAUACUUGAGUUUAUGUAUGCCGGUGAGGUUAAUGUGUCCCAGGAACAGCUGCCGGCAUUCCUCAAGACUGCUGCAAGGCUUAAAGUUAAAGGGCUAGCCGAGCCGCCGCCACAGAUGCCUAGUAUCAAGAGAGAAGGCUAACCCAGUGUGUGCUUUAAAGACUUUAGUGAACUAUGAAACACCAAUGUAACAUAAAAAUAAUUGACACCACACCGUAUGUAUUUUUAUAUGGCAAUUUAUAAACACCUUAACAUUCUUGUCUGCAAUAUUUCGACCAGCAACACUUUCUUUAUAAUAUGUGUAAUUUUACACCAUACGCAUUAUUCUUUGUUUUUUUUUUUUUUAUUUUCAAGUUACUUUAAAGAUUUUAUGCAUUUUGCAAUUCGUAUUAGUAGCUUAAGUUAAUAUUGCCUUUAAUUAUAUGUUGCAACCUGCUAUGUCAUUGGCUGAGCUACCGGAGCAGCUGCCAUUUAUAGGAUAGCAACACUUUCUCGUAGUAUGUAGAAAUAAAUGGGGACUUUAUAAAAUAUCGGGUUACUGUUAAAAUAUAAAUAUGAAGCAAUAUUUUUAUAAACGAGAGACUCCCGAAGAAAUAUACAUUUAAUUUUAAAACUAACCCAUAGUUAUAAUAAAACAUAGAGAAUCUCUGUAAUAGAAAUCUGUUCCUUUUGUUUCUCCAAUAUAUAGAAUAUAUAAUACAAUAUUGUUCAUAGAUAAUGAACUACAUUUUAAAGAGUUGUACACAACUGUUUUAUUAUUAAGUUACAAAGCUAUAAUAUGUAAUAUGUACGAUGAAUCAUAUUUUUCAAAAGAUAAAUAAUGUGUUUUUAAAUUAAAGCAAACUUGGUAGUAAGAAACCAUUGAUAAAUAAUAUUUAAAACUAGUGGAUUUAUCCUUAGUUUUCAUUUGUGCCUGACAUAAACUCAAACCAAUUAAGCUGAAAUAAUUAAUAAUAUAAUAAUUCUGUUUUACACAAUCUUUAAAGUAAUAUUUCUUGGGUUUUUCUUUGGAGUAUUUGUCAAUAGCACUCCGGAAGCAAAUUGGCUGCACUUACAUGUAAAUUUGAAUGUAAACGGCGAACAUGUGCUCUCGAUCAUAUCGGAUUUGUCAUCCCCUCCAUUUAUGAAAGUGGAAGUGAAGGAAUGGAAAGUGCAGUUGGGUUUCACAUCCUCGUGCAUAAUUCCUGUGCAGUUGGCUAGUCCCUUAGCCAAAUUCGGUUAGGUGGACAUCGCUAAUUUAUACAAAUUAUUAUAACAAUACAUUUAAUUGGUGUAAGCCAGCUAUAGGAAUUUAAUGUUCAAAAUAGAUUCACAAUAUACAGAAUAACACAGAAAUGUAUAAUAUUUUUAUAAAAAAAACCUCAAGUCUUGUUAAAAUAUAUUUUAGAGAUUGUGUAUUACAUUGCAUUGGCAAUAACAUUAACCAUUAAAUUUCCAUUGGUUUUAUCACAAAUUACUAAUUUUGUAUCUGGGUAGCAACUACAAUCAUCUCUUAUAUUUUGCCUAUGUAUUCGACACAUUAUAAAUUUAAAUAUAUAACGAUUCAUCAAAAUGUUUAUAAUAUUAAUGAAUAUGUCACAUUAGUUUGAUGUGGUGGCAAUCACACUUUAGACCCUUCCAAUCUAAGUUACCUAACGACCAAAGUUUUAGCACGUAUUCCACAGAACAGAUGAACUAAAGUCUGCUUUGCGAUCACAUCAAUAAACAUACUCACAUUGAAAUGUCAACAAUAACUAUAAAAAAGUGUGUCCAUAUGUGACAGUUGGAACUAUUAUCCAGUCUAAAUUAUUUUUGACUGCAGAAUGGUCAAAAGUUCUUUUGACUAAAGGCACUGGAUAGCUUAGGUGAAGAUUCUAAUUUGGAAUGACAAUGUGGUCUUCACGUGAGAUAAACUCAGGUGUCACGUUUACAGAAUCUAACAUAUAUCACAAUUAUUUUUUACUAAUAUUGUCGGUUAAAAGUAGUUUCGACCAGGAAAAAAUUCUGACCACAACGUUAAAUGUAAUUAUUUUGUUAAUGCAGUAUCUUAAAAAAUAAGGCCUAGUCUUUAUUUUAAAAAUAUUAUCUUUACAACAAUGUCUCUUUGAAUGUUAUUAGUAGUAUGCUUCUAUAGAAUUAAUAAAAAAAAUAUUAUGAAAUUUAAACUUAUAUUUAGUAGAAUUUGAUUAGUGGAAUAAAAUUAUUCAUUAAUUUAGUUUAAAGAUACAAAGGUUAUAAGAGCAUAAAUCAAAUGAAAAAAAAAGAAAAGGUUUUGAUGGUAUUUUAAUAGUUAUUGUUGGCAUUUCAAUACCACAUACUAUUAUUAUAGCUGAUCUAUUCCACCAACGGAUGCCUUAUAAUAAAUACAGUUUCCAAAAUAAAUGUCGAUUCGUUUCGAAUAAAAAAAAGAGAACGUAACAAAUUAUUGCGUUUGUUUUUAUAUCAAAAUGAUAGUAAAUGUCUUAUGAUAAUCGGUUAACGUGUGCUUGGCACAACUAGAUGUAUUGGAAUCGACAUUUCCGUCUUGGAAUGCCUAAAUGCUUGUUAAUAUUAUAAGGUGUUGAUUGAUGUAAUGAUGUGUAGUCGGUUAAUGACACAAUUCUCACACGACUUGUGUUUAUAUUGUGCUCGAUGCAAUGUAUACAGCAUAAUAAGGUUUUUUUUAAAAUUCAGUUUUGAUUUGUUAUCUUUGUAAAGUCAAAAUUUACAAUCAUCAUUUCUAAGUUUUAGGUUAAGUAACUCUUUUUUUUUUUCAAAAUUUUUUUUUUUAGGCACUGUGGCACCUUUGAGCUUUGAGAAUUAAAAACUUAGUACAAAUCGUAUUUUGACAUUGUGUUCUCAUUUUUUAAUUCGUUUCAUUUUAUUGGUGCAAUUUCAAUAUUCUAUUAAUUUAAUAAUUUAUAUGACAAAUGUACACGCAUGUACAUUUCUGCAUUUGUUCAUUUUUUCAUGCACCAUUCACAAUUAAAUUAGUUAAUAAGGUUUUUUUUAUUUUAUCUUUUGUAUUUUUAAGAUGAACUUAAGUCUUCGUUCAGCACUUUCUCUUUAUGUUCACCUUUUUUUUUUAAUUUUUCCAUCGUGUUAAACUGUAAUGUUAGUUGUUGUAAAAAUGUAAAUCUGAUAUUUUUAGACGGAGUGACGUAUGCGCUGAAAUAGUUAUCACGUGAAAUAGUUUGUAACGAUUGAAUUAAUGAAAGAUUUGUAAUUUUAGAUAAUAAUAAAAAAAAAUAUGCUAAGA